GAGCUCGGCAGCAACUUGCAAGUUCUUGAUCUCGCCGGCCAGCUGCGGAAAGCCUGCGAAGAGGUUGGCUUCUUCGUCGUGACCGACCAUGGCGUGAGCGAAUCCUUGAUGGAAGGCUUCCGGCAGGAGUGUACAACCUUCUUCAGCCGCAGCCCACAAUCGAAUGUGCUAAGCAUGGUCUGCGGUACGGACAGCCGGUUUGUCUGGUUGGACUACGUUCCCGCUGAACCCGGAAAUGAUGAUCGAAGCAGCUACUCCCUGGGGCCAGUGCAGGGCCGAGGUAGCCUGCCUUGGCAGUUGGACCGUAAGGAACUUGCAGAUGCGUGGGCGAAGUACUACGCCGCCAUGGAGGGCCUGGUCGCUGUACUCAUGCGGCUCUUCGCCCUGGCCAUGCAGCUUCCAAUCGAUGCCUUUGCCACUGCCUUGGAAGGGCACCGGUCAUCGAUGCGGGCGAUCCUCUAUCCUCGUGUCGCUGAGGAAGAUCUACAAGCUGAAGGAGCAGUCGUCAGGUCGCCAGGGCACACAGACUGGGGCUGCGUCACGGUUCUCUUGCCAGAUCCAGAGAUAGCGGGCUUGGAGGUGUGUGACAAGGAUGGCUGUUGGUUGCCACUGCGAGCAGAGCGAGGAGGGCUGGUGGUCAACCUGG